CCACCCACAGACAGCACCUCAGAAGCUGAUCUACAAGUAGCGAUCCCUAGUGGUCAAAGAGAGAGGUUCUUCAAAUUCUCUUCAAAAUAGCUGAGAAGGACACCUACCCUAACCAUGGAGGAGUGUCUUACUGAUUUGGACAAAGGGGCUCAAUUAACUAGCCUAGUUGAAACACCCCAACCAGUCAGUCCAGGAGAGAUUCUGCACACAGCCAACAUUGACCAGUAUGCAGAGGCUGAAACCCAAGCCUCAACACAGCCCAAAACGUCCCAGGGUCAAUACGAUCUUAGACAAUGCAGAAAGCUCACAGAAGCCAUGCACUCACAUCUGAUGGAGAAAUGGCACACCAUCCACAGGCGCCAUGAAAGAAGCUGGGAGAGAUUAUACAAACUCUACCACGAACAGAAGGAGGAACUCUCCCCAGAAUGGGCACACGCAGUGGAAGGAGAUAAGGAAGACGCCUAUGUGCAAUGGAUGGACUCUGAACAGCAACUCAAGGACGUUCAAGAACAAUUAAGAGACCCAAGUGUCGACAGCGAGAUGCAAAGCCUCCAGCUAUUAAACCAGGAACGCAAGAAGUUUCUAGAAAGCUCACAGGGUUCCCCACAGCCCGAGCCUCACCACAGAGGCAGUCCGGUUGACAGAGCCGAGUCCGAAGUUUCAUGCCUUUCACAUGCACCAUCCCAACGAUCGCACGCAGAUCCAUCUCAGGUUUCUGGAAAGGCCUCAUCCUUCCGCCACAUGUCCAGGGCACACUCUAGCGUGUCCCAACAAUCACAUGUCACAGACGCCUCCCGCCUUUCGAAGGCAUCCUCCCGUCGCAGCCGAACAUCCAGAAUUUCACAAGAAGAGCAAAUAAUUUUAGAUGCUAAAGCCGCUGAAGCUGUCUUUCGUGUGGCACAAGAGGUGAGGCAGAAAAAGAAGGAGUUGUCGGCCAUAGAACUUGAGGAAGCCAAAAUAGUAGCCAAAAGAAAGGAUGCCCAAAACGAACUUGAACUUACUCAAUGCCAAAGAAUUAUGGCAGACAAAAUGGCUAGAGCGGAAGGCCUUCAGAAAAUACUCCAGUACACCACUUUCUUGCCAGACAGACAACAACUGGAAAACGAAGAGCGUCGUAGCCGCGUACAGACCUAUGUGGACAACCAAAGCACAUUCCAGAAUGCACAGAUGAGAGCACCACAGCCAGCCACAAGCCCCCCAAGACCGAGUAGACGAACAGAGGAAUCUCAACGACCUGAUUCGCUGGUCAACUGCAGAGUUGAUGUCACGACACCUAGGUCACGAGAUCCUCCCGCCGUUGUUGCCACAUCAAACCUGAUGGGAUUACCACCAAUGGCAAUGACUGCACAGCGGGGAGGGCCACAAGAUCUUCCCACCGUUAUUACCCCACAGAACCCACCAAACCAUACCACUAAUGGCAAUCGGAUGGAUCCACUUAUAGCGCCAACAGCCCUACAGCAGCACCAGCCGUCGCUCAGGGAACAGAUUGAAAGAGUUAGAGCCACGCUAGAGUCACUAGAGUCCCUGCUGCACCAACAGGAGGAAGCGCCCCAAGGAACUGCCACCACUCCUGACCACAGAAGACAGCCUCGAGCAUCAGCUCUGACAGCCUACCAGGAAGCUAGCUACACUCUAUCAGAAACACAGACCUUCCAACACAUGAGCAAGCAAGAGCCUGGGCUCCCUCAGCUCAAUGCCAGAGCAGCAGAGUUCAGACCAAGCCAACAAGGUCCCUUGCACGUGACAUUGCAAAAUACACCCAGCCACCAUUACGCCGAAGGAAGUUACCAGCCAAACAUGGCACACGCCCCCACUCCUGGAAGCGAGGUACCAUCGCCACCCGGUUACACCCCUAUGAGACUUUACAGAAGCAAACUAGAUCUGGCAUCCAAGGGUGUACACAAAUUCCCCGAUAAACCGGGAAAGGACUACGUAUUGUGGAAGCUCACGUUCCAAACCGCCAUCCAAGAUGAAGCUAUAACAUCGAGCGAAACGCUCGGACAUAUGAAAACAUGGCUGGGACCGGCUUCCACGCGAUUAGUAGAGAACACUCAACUAGCUCACCUGGGCAACCCAGCUACCGCCCUUCACAAAGCUUGGGAAAGGCUCGACGAGCGGUAUGGCGGGCAUGAACUGACAGAAAAGUCGCUCUUGGAUUGCAUUUACACCUUCCCUAACAUCAAUAUUGACGAUCACACCCAGAUCCAUGAUAACUGUCAAGAGAAAACACCACUUCCUACUUCUUUUGCCAUCCAGGGGUUGACCAGAGAAAUGGCAUUUGGUAUAAUGUCAGACACCUGACACUUCUACUGUUAAAAAGCAAAUGGCCCUGAUUAUCAAGAGGCCAGGGGCUAAAGGGCAGGCAUGCUUGCAGCAUUGUCAGGAGUCCAACAGCAAUAGAAAAAAUCCUUCACCUCAAUGUACUUCAGAAUGAUUUAC